UCUCUCUCUCUCUCUCUCUCUAUAGAAAUUAUAGCAGAAGCUGAAAUUUUUCAUGUCAGAGAGAUCAUAAAGUUUUUAAUUUUCUUUUUUUUUUGUAUUAAAUGAAGAUGCAGAAAUUUUCUCUGAGAAGAUUAACCAUGGCGGCGUUUGCAGUUUCCUAAUCCCCUCGCCAUCAUUACUCUCAUUUGCUAAUUCUCCGAUCUCUCUCUCUUUACAUCCCAAGAAAAACUGCAGCCCCUUCAAGCAAAGUCACAACAAAAACAAAAACAAAAAACAAAAGCAAUAUAUAUUAAACACAAAAUCCCACAAAAAAAAGGAUUUUUUUUACCUAUCAAAGAUUCACCAAACCCUUCACAGACCAAACAGUCUCUCAUCCUCUCUCUCUCUCUCUCUCUCUCUCUCUCUCUCUCUCUCUCUCUCUCUCUAUCUAUCUUUUUCAAUCUCUCUCCGUGUGUGAUAUGGAUUGUUGUGGGAGGAGGAAAUGGCUGGGUUUUUCUAUCUAGGAGGAGGGAGAGAUCAUCACAACAACAAGCAAGAUCACAAUUAUCAUCAUCAUCAUCACCACCAAGACAAAGAUCAAGAAGACAAAAGCAACUAUCUUUACCUAUACAAAGACGAGAUCUACAACAACAACAAGGGUUUCGAGCUAUGGCCUCCACAGUAUUUCCAAGAACAACAACAGCAUGUUUCUCCAGCGAACUUCUACUCGCUUGGCAUGGUCCCAAAUGGGAGCGGUAGCAGCAGCAACAACAACAACAACAACAAUAACAUCAACCGUUGUCGGAGUUUGUACUUCAAUGUUGUAUCAGAUGAACCUUUGGGAUCAUCCGGCGGAUUCACGGUGACAAGACAAGGAGGCAUGAACUGCCAAGACUGUGGGAACCAAGCUAAGAAAGAUUGUGCCCACAUGAGAUGCCGUACUUGUUGUAAGAGCCGAGGGUUUCAGUGUCAAACCCACGUGAAGAGCACGUGGGUCCCUGCCGCCAAGCGCCGCGAGCGUCAAGCCCAGCUCGCCGCCUUGCAGCAUCAACAAGGCGGCUCAUGUCGUGGAGACAACGCAAAAAGGCUGCAUGAGCCGAGCGGUGAGGGAGGCGAUACAGAUGACGGUAAAGAACUUGACCAUGGAGUAGGCGCAUCGGCUCUUGCAGUUACCCGAGUGGUGAAUGCGAAUUCUUCCGGGUUGGAAAUUGGUCACUUUCCGCCGGAGGUGAGUUCUCCGGCAGUUUUCCGGUGCGUUAGAGUCAGCUCGAUCGAUGAUGAAGACGAAGAGUACGCUUACCAAACGGCCGUGAACAUCGGGGGACAUAUCUUCAAGGGCAUUCUCUACGACCAAGGACCGGAUCACUCCCACAACGGCUACAACUCCAGCCCUAAAGCAACCGCAGCCGCAAACGCAAACGCUGCCUCUGGGAGCUCUCAACACCUCAACCUUUUGGCCUCAACCGCAAACGCCGUUACAACCGCGGUCACAGCCGGUAACAACAACAACAACGCAUCAUCAUGGCUCGACUCCGCCUCCUUGUACCCAGCUCCGCUUAACGCUUUUAUCGCCGGUACGCCGUUUUUCCCACCUCCGCGGUCUUGACGACGAUAUGUGAUUACAGAUGCGUCGGUUGAAAUAUAAUACGAGGAAAUGUUGUUAUAAUUGUCACUAUAUGAGAGAUUACUCUUUUCUUUUUGUUAUAUGUUUCGUCGAUUUUUGGGAAAAUGUGAGGAUCUUUCUCCUAGCUAGGAUGUUAGUGCUGAUUAAGAUGCACCAAUGUACGUUUAGGUCAUUAUGAUCACGUUAAUGUCCGAAUUUGAAGUUGGAUUUUCUAGA